UUUGGAUCUAUCAUGAACACCGCUUCACUGCGAAACAAGCCGGCAUCAGCCGGCACAGGUGCCGGAGUGAAACCCCUUCGAAAGCAAGUCUCUCGGGCUUGCGACUGGUGUCGCGCUAGAAGAUCCAAGUGCGAUAAUCAGCGACCAUGUAGAGCAUGUAUUCAAAGAGAUGAGCCAUGUGCCCAGACAGGCGUCGAUGAAACGAAGACAUUACCCCAAGCAUUAAGGUAUGAAGAUACAGAAUCUGAGAGACUCAAGGUACAUGUCAGAGAUCUAGAAAAUGAGCUGGCCUGGUAUAAAACCCAGUAUCAAGCAAGCUCCACCGUGAGCUCAUCUUGGAGUCCACCCGAGCAAGCCUCUUUAGGUGGCUCUCCAUAUGUGUCUAGUCGCACAAAUACUUCCCCGCCAGAGCCUCGAUCGGAGAAAAGGUCAGGUGAAAGUGACCUUAUGGCUCAGAAGCCAUGGGAAGGGAUCGAGAUUGGCACCGCACGCUCUCCGAACGUAUCUUGGUACGGGCCGUCAUCGCUCUUUUGCUUCAUCGGUCGUAUGAAUAGCUACAUAGACUCGAGUCUUCACCAGGGACAGUCCGGGUCGGCCAAAGAUAUGGUUCUUCAUGAAAGCGCAACUGCGUUACUUGGCUUUGACACCAUCAACACUCCAGAAGACUCGACACACGCCGCUCUUUCAGGCGACUCCCCAUUGUCCAAAGGGCAAUUUCUGAGUCCAACACAGGAAGAAUACUUUCUUGAGUUAUUUUGGAAGUCCUAUCACACAUCUCUGUUCCCAGUAAUCAAUGAAACCGACUUUAUGGAUCAGUAUCGCUCUCUAUGGAACGAUUCCGGGGAUUCAAGGACACCAUGCGCUCUCGUGGACAUCAUCAUCGCUUUGUCCAUGCAAUACGGAGUAUCCCGCAUGGCACAAGAGAAACAAAAAUCCACUGACUGCGACCCCAGCAUUGCUGGUCGAUGGUAUUUCCGACGGGCCCAGGUGAUGUCAAACUACUAUCUGGAAAGCCCAACAGUAUCAACCGUGCAGUGUUUCCUACUCAGCGCUAUCUACUUGUGCAAUGGAUCAUUUCAAAACAUGUCAGCCGAUGCCUGCGGUAGUGCAACUCGAGCUGCCUAUACUGUCGGGCUUCAUCUGGAUCCCCCCUCGUCAAUGCCCGAACCAGAGCGUGAAUUGCGCAGGCGCUUAUGGUGGGCUCUGUACCAGCUGGAUGCCAAAAUUGGAAUGAAACUUGGACGUCCAUUCACCCUUCACCGAUCUUCUAUCGAGCCCAGACUUCCUGAUGACAAACCUGACACUGCCAUGCAGUCGGGUUUCCAUCUUUACGACGUCAAGCUUUUCACCAUUGCCAAGGAGAUUCAUGUGGCUUUUUACUCCAGGGAUUUAAACCUUCCGGAGGGUCAGUCUAUCUGGCACAACCCGGAGAUACUCGGGUCUCACGCUGAGUAUCUGCAAUCUCAGACGUCCAGAAUGGAUCAAUGGCGAGAGGAAGUGCCUACCUCACUCAAGACGAAAAGAAAAGGGAAUGGCGCAAUCUUCUCGACAGACGGUUCUCAAAUGGAGUUUGAGCAAUUUGCGCCCGAAUGGCUCCAACGCCAACGCUUAAAUUUGGAGCUUCUAUACCACACAUUAUGCCUUAACGCUUACCGUCCCUUUAUUUCCUUCAUUCCUGGUCGCCAGUCAGCUUUGACUCGCGAGCUAGCCACUAAAUGCGCUCUUCACGCAGUUACACUUACCAGCAUCACACAUCAAGCGCUUUCAUCAACAACAAUUUUACAUGGCUGGCAUGAAUCUUUCCAAUGGCAAUGGAACGCAUCUAUGACCAUCGUCGGCUUCGUCCUCGCAAACCCGCACAACGAGUUAGUCUCCGAUGCCCGUCAAGCCGUCGAUCUCUCCAUUGCUAUAUUCGACAUGUUCAGCGAAUGCUUCGGAGUCGCGACUAGCGCUGCCAGAAUCCUGCGCACCCUAGCCCCCAAAAUAGACUUCCUCUUACAAUCCUAUUCAGCUUCUCAGGGUUCAGUCGCAGGCUCUGGCGGACUGGACGGAGCGCCUAUUGAGAACUUAAAAUCAAAUGAGAUCGGAUCUGAGUGGCUUGAUCGUCUCAUGUCAGAUGCGUCUGCUUUUGAUCCUUCUUAUGUGAUGCCGAUGCAGGAGAUGUUUCAAAUGGCUUAUUCGAUCGAGCAGUGGAGUGGGUUGGAUUCGUUGAUGCCGAGUAUGGGGAUUGAUCAGUGGAUGAUGUAG